AUGGAUUCUGCGUGCCCACCUGGCGGAUUACGAUCUAACAUCAAUGCUUCUCUCCAGACUAUUUUCGCAGACAACACCUACUCCAAGCCCUUCUUCGUGACUUACGUCAACACCUCGCUGUUCAUCCUACCGCUUUUCACAAUCUUAUUUAGACGUCUGUGGCGGCUCUGGCGCUCUAGGAGACUGUCCCAGAUCACCUCGUUCCAGAGCCUGCUCAGGCAUUUGGACUCGCAUGAUCCCAAAGCUGAGGAGGAGCAGGCUAUUUUGCACGCUGCGGCUGCGGAGGAUGACUUCCACGGCCACGAGCGACGCGAGAGCGCGCAGUAUGUACGAUCGAUGCUGAAAGAUCCAAAUGCAAAGCUGGGAUUGAAGGCAACGGCGAAGUUGAGCUUUGAGUUUUGUUUACUUUGGGUAAGAGGAGACUGUUUCCAUCUAUUGGUGACUUGA